CGUCCAUUGUUGAAGUGUCUUCGUAGAUAAACCAUUACGCGUUGCCAAGACAUUGUUUGGUAUAAAAAUAAACCACCAGACGAGAUCAAAUUUAGGGGUCAUAUUUACAGCAGCAGCACCGUCUUAAUGAUGAUGCGAUCAUAUGACAAGUGUCUACUUACGUAUCACAUCACAUGAUCGGAGACAGUUGUUGUCUUGAUUGUAUCUUCUCCUUGAGGCUGUUGUUUAUUGAGGGAAGACAAGCACUGUUUCAAUAACAGUGACAGCAAGAUGGCCCCCUUCAACUAGUUCAGGUGAAAUAUGGGUCUGCUCUGUACACUGUGACACAUACACGUAACAGGCCAUUAUGUGGACCGUGUUGACCUGGCUGACGCAGGAAGCUUUCCGAGGAGACUAUAGUUUAUGUAAAGGAUCACAGAAUGUUCAAAUAACAUUUUAACAAUGGAAAAAGAGGAAUCGGAGCCACUGAUGCCCUCUUGUUCUGGAGAGGAGGUGCGAGGUGUAAGUGCAUCACCGGAAUGUGCACGGGUAGAUAGACCGCAUGAACACAUUACCGGUACUAACUCUGAGGUUAAAGGUCAUGUGCAGGUCACAGAACACCCAACGGCCAGUUUCAGCUUCAAGAAGCUAUGGGCGUUCACCGGGCCCGGCUUCUUAAUGAGCAUUGCUUAUCUAGAUCCUGGCAACAUCGAGUCCGACCUGCAGUCAGGGGCCAUUGCAAAGUACAAGCUGUUGUGGGUGUUGAUGUGGUCAACGGUGAUGGGGUUGGUGCUGCAGCUGCUGGCGGCCAGACUGGGAUGUGUGACAGGUAUGAACUUGGCGGAGAUUUGUCGACAUGAAUACCCUAAAGCUCCACGUAUAGUGCUGUGGCUGAUGACAGAGUUGGCCAUUAUAGGAAGUGACAUUCAGGAGGUCAUCGGAUCAGCCAUUGCCAUCAACCUCCUGUCCAAUCACAAAAUCCCGAUCUGGGCAGGUGUGUUGAUCACCGGUGUCGACACCUUCACCUUCCUCUUCCUGGAAAAUGCCGGGCUCCGCAAACUGGAGGCCCUGUUUGGAGCUUUCAUCACAACAAUGGCUGCCUCUUUCCUGUAUAUGUACAUCAAGAUCAAGCCGGACCAGCUGGAGAUCCUACAGGGUCUCUGGUUUCCAUGGUGCCAGGACUGUGACAAGGACGCCAUCCAACAGCUGGUGGGAAUCGUCGGCGCCGUCAUCAUGCCACACAACAUCUACCUGCACAGCGCUCUAGUACUGUCCAGAAGUAUAGAUCGGAGCAACAAAAACAACGUGAAAGAGGCCAACAUGUAUUAUGCUAUUGAAUCAGCCAUUGCUCUGUUUUUGUCUUUCCUCAUCAACCUAUUUGUGGUGGCCGUGUUCGCUGCGGCCUUCUCUGACCCCAAGUAUGCAGCCAACGCAAGUCUACGCCAAGCUGGUGACUGGAUUGCUGCCAACUAUGGUCUUGGUAUGAAGAUUAUCUGGGGUAUCGGGGUGUUGGCAGCAGGUCAGAGUUCAACCAUGACUGGAACAUAUGCUGGUCAGUUUGUGAUGGAGGGAUUUCUGGGAAUUCGUUGGCAAAAAUGGAAGCGGGUGUUGGUAACUCGGUCAAUAGCAAUGGUGCCCACCAUCAUCGUCGCCUUGCUGGCGACAACCCAGCUGGACCAACUCAACAACUGGCUCAAUGUCCUACAGAGUGUGCAGCUGCCAUUUGCAUUAUUACCCAUACUGCACUUCACCAGCAGCUCAAGGAUUAUGGAAAGCUUCAAGAAUGGGAGAGUGCUGCAAAUGGUUGUGUGGAUACUAGCAUUACUAGUGAUGGGCAUUAACCUGUACCUUAUCUACUUGUUUGUGGGCACCAACCAGCGCUGGUACAUCUAUGUUGUGGUGGCACUAGUGAUCCUGGUGUACCUCACAUAUGUCCUGUAUUUGGCAUUAGGUUUGCAAGUAUAUUCAUUGUUAAAGAUGAAGCUGAUGUCCAAAUUAGGCAUCAAUACAGAGGUGUGCCUGAGUGAGCACCUGCAGCGAGAAAAUCUCCGUUAUCCAAUCAGAAGCCCCGUUGAAAACACUAAUGAGAGUGACCCUCCGAGUGGAGUCCGAUCAUAUGGUUAUGGAUCUUUUUGAUAACUGUCAACUCUAAGUAAAUUAAUUAAAUAUUUUUUAUACAAACUACUGUCCACCUAUUGUUUUCCAUGCAUAUUUGUUUGUAUGUAUCAUUGUAUUUGACUUUAUUAUGUAAUGGGUUGGCCUUUUCUUUCUUUCAAAGCUGCCACCACAGAGAUUAAUACUGGUAAAAAUAGUCCAGUGUGUAAGAUAUUUGUCCAACUCUGAAUAUUAUGAUAUUAGCCUAUAGAUAAAUUCUGUGUUCAAAUAUUGGAAAAUGAAGUUUGAUAUUUCAGAAAGCAUGAAAUCACAGAGCUGUCUCUAAUGAGGUUGCCAACCCCCCCCCCCCCCCCCCUCUCUCGGCAUCCGGCAUAUCACUUAAUUUGUCUUAAAUAUUUUAUUGAUUUGUCACUCUUUGCAAAAUAAAGUACGAAAAAUAAAUUUCAACAUCCGUAGGAUAGAUAACAUUGCAUGGCAUCCAGCAUAUUGCACUGCAGGAUCCGGAAUACCACAUAACAGGGCUGGCACCAGCAUCCUAAAAGGGGGUCGGCACCUUCUCUGAUGUAACACUGUAAUGGGAUCUUGGCCAUUUUCAUUAUAGUACUACCGUAUUUGACGUAAUAAGCGCCCAGGGCGCUCUCAAAAUUAGAAAUAGGGGGCUCUUAUUAGAAUAUUAUUUUGGUGGGAAAAAAACAGUUGAAAGAUAAAUUUCGUGGUUUAUGGUGACAGACCUGAAAUUUUUAUGUAUGAACGAUAUAUUUUUCCAGAAUUUAAUUGGCCAUGAUUAAGGGUGCAUAUAACACACGAGUGUGCAUAUACGCGAAUAAAUAAGUCUUGUGUACAUUGAUCAUUCGGAAGGGGUGCUAAUUAGGAUUGUUUACUAGCCAAUAUAUCAGCAAAUAUCGCCGUGGGCGCUUAUUACGUCGAAAUUGGGUAACUCCAUGCUGGUGAUGUAGAAGUGUUGUUUGUUUCACCAAAAGCUAUCAGGCAGCCCCAGCCGAAUAACUGUAAUGUGUCCAUUUUAAAGAGCCGCAUUUGUUCACAUCUUCUUGAAUAUCAAAUAAUUUUGUAGAAGUUUCAUGACAAAUAUUUCAGCUAUCAUACAAUACUCGGUAAACUCAGUUGCAUAUUCAUUUAGUCAUGGAACUUUGUUCCAUAGCCUUUUGCUGAUCAUGUUGACAGCAAGUAUCUGCAGAUGCAACAUUAUGCAAGGAAUAUGCAUCACUAUGCUAAAAAUGUAUUUCCUCGAUUUAACGCCGGGCCUCGAAUAAAUGCUGGGUAGUUUUUAUGCCCGGAAUUCUGCAAUUUGAUCACCAUUGCCGCUGUUGAUGUUUUUCUGAUACCUACUACAAAGAGACUAUUGAUGACUAUUAGAUGGUAUUCUUCCAUGGAAUUGUUUUGGCACAAGUCAUGGAAAGGUCACAAGAUAAUUUACCCAAAAGUUUGUGGGGACAAAGGUAUUCAUAAAUUUGUCUUUAUAUGCUUAGAAUAUACUUCAAGACAUAUUAUAUAUGUAUUUAUCUUUACACAUUCUACACAGGAAUAAAUUAUUGUUGGUGACAUGUCUGUCAAAGUCAAGGUCAUCUCUGAGGAUAUUAUGAAGCAUCCCUCAUUGCCAGUGACUGUCAUAUGUUUACUUGUGCAACCCUGAGACUUGAUAAUCCUUGCAUCCUAAGAAUUUGUCUUGAGUAAGGUCAGGGAGUACUGUUUUUGUAGACUUAAAGAACAUGGCAUGAUAAUAUUUGGGAACUUUGAGAAAAUAGAGGUAAAGGUACUGCUCCUGUUUUAUGCAAGUACUGUAUCUGCAACCACUUCAAGUGUCUUCUCUACAGGGUGAUUUUGUCCUGCAGACAUUCUUGUGUUAGUUCUUGUUAUUAUUUAUUAUAGCUCAGACUAGUUAGAAAGUAUAAGUAUGAUAAUUAUUCAAGAUGACUGUGAUUAUUGAAUACUAGAAAAUCAUCAUUUUGUGAAAUAAUUUUGCUCAAAUUUAGUGUGUUAAAUAGAUAAGAUGGAUGAAUGUGUUACUUGCCAAAACUGUGAUGCUUCUAUUCAUGUCAAUCAACAUCUUGUGAUGUAAAACAUUUCCUGCUAUCCAGCUGUAUAUAAUCUAUAAUGACUACAAGUCAAGGACAGAGUCUGCCUCAGAUUAUUUACCUUUCUUAUUGUAGCACAAUGUUGCUUUAUUUCCAUUGCAUAUUUAUUCUGUGAGAUAUGCAUUAGGCCAAUAAGAUAAGUAUUAUGUUCCUGGUCCCUGCCCAUGUCAAUUUUACCCUGCCCCCUGUCGGACCUUCUUUUGGGAUUUUUAACCAAGGGCAAGUAACUCUAACCUGCUUUCCCCAAAACCAAUGUACAAACUGCACAUAAUGCACAACGUCUCUUGUGUCUGUGCCGGUUGCGUGGGGGUGGGGUGAUUAUGAGGCAAUAGGGCCUUGUCAAGUGCAGUCACUAUUUAUAGUCGCUCUUUCCUGUAUGAUUUUGUAAACAUUCCAGAUUAUCAUUGUAUCAUUGUUCUAGGCACCUGUUGUGGUAGAACCAGGAUUUGGUUGGGAUCAUAUUCUGGGUGUAAAUUGUUUAGAUUCAACAGGAGUCAGAGAGUUUCAACGAAUGAUAAUGAAACUUACAGUUCAUGUUUUUACUUUGUUCAUGACAACUAACACCAUCAGCCAGGACAUUCAAGGAAGUGAGGUGACAUGGGGAUUAUUGUCGGUUCAAGAUUAUUGCACUUCUAUAGCUGGACUGGCAGAGGGUUGAUACAAGAGCAGAUAGUUGUUUUGACAGACAGGCGUCAGUUGAGCAUGAACACUGUCACAUGCAGUGAAGAAGAAGUAUUAAUGUUUAGGAAAAGGUUAAACCCCGACAGCAUCCACAGUUCCCUGUCCCUCUUGAUACAGAAAUAAAGAACAAGGACCUUGUUUUUGUUGCAUUCAAUGAUAUUCUAACACAUACUUCCAGGCUGACAGUUCCUGGAGGCUUAACGUAUCUUGUUUGUUUGUUUGUUUGUUUGUUUAUUUGUUGCUUUAGAUUGAAUCCCAUGACAUACUUGUUCUCAUUCAAGAGUGCAGUGGCACCAUGGAUUUGUUGACUAGUUGACAUUUUCAAUACAUACAAUAGUGAUGAAUCAUGGUUUUGAUAGAGUAAUGUCGCUUUAAUGCUGUAUUACAGUCCCAAAAAGAUCGCCUGGAAGAAGGAUUUUCUUGACUUGUGAGGUUUUACUGUAUCUGAAGAUUUUUAUGACAAAUAUCUAUUAAAGCCUAUACCUUUUCAUGUUGAUAGGGGACAAUUUAAUUCCUCUCUUGAAAUCUGGUAAUAUGAUUCUUUGUAAAUGAAAGUAACUACAUUUAGGAGGCAUUUGUGCCAUUCCUCACAAUUAAAUGUCACAUUUAUGAUAAGGCAAGAGAAUCAUGGAAGAAUUCUUGCAUUUGUUCAGCUUUUGAACAUGGGCCCAAGAAUACAAAAAUAAAGCUGAUUGAUCGAUAAAUUCAGCUGCUACAAAAACAUUAACGAUGUUUUCAAUAACUGCUCGAUGAAUUAAGCGCCAUACACUCAAGUUUUCAGGUAGUAAGGCAAGUAGUGAGAUCAUGUUAUCAAGAAGACUACAAAUUAAAUUAUCAUGUUUACUUGCCUUUUUGUUUUAAGUUGAUCCUUUCAGAAAUCUCUAGGAACCGACUGUGAAAAUCUGUAUGAAUGAUAAUGAAUGUCUGGUUUGUUUGAGUCAUUAUUAAAAGGAACCCAGCGUCAGGUGUUUAGGGGGGCGGUCGGGUAGCCUAGUGGUUAAAGCGUUCGCUCGUCAUGCCGAAGACCCGGGUUCGAUUUCCGACAUGGGUACAAUGUGUGAAGCCCAUUUCCGGUGUCCUCCGCCGUGAUGUUGCUGGAAUAUUGCUAAAAGCGGCGUAAAACCAUACUCACUCACUCACUCACUCACUCACUCAGAUGUUAUAGAAUGACUGAAUCAGAUGAACUGGUUCUUUGUGUUUAUGACUGCAGUGUCUGUAUGUGGGCUGAAACAGUUACUUGGGUGCUCGUGUACGAAUUGAGUAUUAACACUACUAGAGUAGUUAAAAUUAUUUCUCAAGUACUAAGAGUUAUCUCCCUUGUUCAGUUUAUUUACCUCCCUUUCUUUACAGCCAUGGGCGAAUUUGUUCCAGUUUUACUCUUUACUCUGACAUUAUUGAUAUUUGAAAACAUGACUGCCAUUGUAUGACGACAGAUAUAAUAAUCUGUCAUUCCAUUCCUUUUUUUGUUGGUAUACCUUUUUUUAUUGCAAAUUUAGAAUAUUUGAAUACAUGUAUUUACAGAGGUUACGGAGAAAUAUUUAACUUUUUUAUCAUUGCUUAUAUAUGUAUGUACAACUAUUUAUGUAUUCAAAUGGAUUUACAUGUAUUUACUUAAACACAAAUAUUAUGUUUUUAUAGAUGAGUGUUACUGAAAGGCAAAAUUUGCAAAUUUGUGAGUGAGCAUUUUCUUCAUGUUCAUCUACAAAUAGUAUUCAUGUUGGGUGAAAACACUUGAAGGUUUCGAAUGUUUCAGUGUCAUUACAUGUAUUUGUUGGCCAAUCAGAUUUCACAGUCACAUUUGGUAUUCAGUUUUACAAUCUGAGUUGUAGCAGUAUCACUAAGGGUACAUGUGGUUUUAUGCGUCCCACAGUAGGCUUUAUACCACUCCCAGCUUGUGGCAUAAAACCCAACGUCACUCCCCACUUGUGGCAUAAAACCCAACGUUACUCCCCACUCGUGGCAUAAAACCUUGUGCCACUACCCACCCGUGGCUAAAAACCUAGUGCCACUCCCCACUCGUGGCAUAAAACCUAACAUCACUCCCCUCUCGUGGCAUAAAACCUAACGCCACUCCAUCUUGUGGAAGAAAACCUAUUGUCACUCCCCACUCGUGGCUAAAAACCUAACGCCACUCCCCACUCGUGGCAUAAAACCUUGUGCCACUCCCAGCUUGUGGCAUAAAACCCAAAGUCACUCCCCACUCGUGGCAUAAAACCUAGUGCCACUCCCCACUCAUGGCAUAAAACCUAGUGCCACUCCCCGCUCAUGGAAUAAAACCUAACAUCACUCCCCUCUCAUGGCAUAAAACCUAACGCCACUCCAUCUUGUGGAAUAAAACCUAACAUCACUCCCCUCUCGUGGCAUAAAACCUAACGCCACUCCAUCUCGUGGAAUAAAACCUAACAUCACUCCCCUCUCGUAGCAUAAAACCUAGUGCCACUUUCCACUCAUGGAAUAAAACCUAACAUCACUCCCCUCUCGUGGCAUAAAACCUAAUGCCACUCCAUCUCGUGGAAGAAAACCUAAUGUCACUCCCCACUCGUGGCAUAAAAUCUAGUGCCCCUCCCCACUCAUGGAAUAAAACCUAACAUCACUCCCCUCUCGUGGCCUAAAACCUAACACCACUCCAUCUCGUGGAAGAAAACCUAAUGUCACUCGUAGCAUAAAACCUAACAUGCUUUCAUGACCCUCCCUCACAAAUAUGUGUAUUAUUUUUUAUGACCCUGCCCUAGAGACUUAUAUUUUGUUGUAACCCUCCAGAUUCCCUCACCCAAGCCUACAAUAUAUGACCGACCCUGAACCAUUCGAGUGAGUCUCACUUCAAAACACCUUGCUAGGAGAAGUCAGAAAAAGCAGUAUGAUCUGUCUUUGUUUUUUUAUAUUAUUGCGCAAUGUUUUUGUUUUGUUUUUAUGCUGGCCUAUCAUAGAGGAAAUGAUUUACAAGAUGUUUACUACUGAUAUUCUUCAUAUCUGGUUUCAUAGUGCCAUUAGCUUAUACAUGAUAUAUUUACUCGGAUAUAAAACUAUUUUUUUAUGUGAA